UCUAAUGUAGCCGCUACUGCCACAGUUAGAAACAUGUCGGACCCUAAAGUCAGCGAAGCGCUGACCAAGCUGCUCUGCUCCAAUGGGGGGCAACUGUCCCGGACCCAAUUGUCCGAGCUCUUGGAACUGUCUGUAGAACAAAUAGACCAGGUGCUGCUGGAGGAGGCACACCGCUUCCCGGUGCUUUCAGAGGACCUAGUGGUGGCCCGGAGCCCCGUUAGACUGUGCACGGAGUAUAUGCGGGGACAGCCGGAGGAAGAUGGGUGCGGGAAGCUUCACUUGUGCCAUUUUCACAUACGGGGCAGAUGCUGGAAUAAGAAGUCUAAAUGCAAGUUAGGUCACAAUAUCCAGUCAGAGCAUAAUCUAACUGUGCUUAAGAAUAACGAGAUCAGCUUACUGAGUAAGAAGGAAUUGAAAGUGCUUUUGCUCCAAAAUGAUCACUCACUUCUGCCCGGGGUUUGUUGGAAGAAUAUACAUGAGGGCUGUGAUCAAGGAGACGCAUGCCGGAAGCUCCAUGUCUGUGGUUUCUUCAUAAAGGGAGAAUGUUACCGACGUGACUGCAAGUUUUCCCACAACCUUCAUGACCCAACUUUAAGUUUAAUCCUCAAAAGGUCUGGCUAUACUAAUGUCAAUAUACAGAACUUGCAAAUGCUCUGUGUGCUCAAAAACAAAGAGACUCUUCAGGCGAGGGAAGGGUUAAGAAAAUUUGUACCAAAGGCCAGAAAACAAACCAUUUCCGUCUACAAUAUGGGAUUAAAGGCCCAAAAACCAUCAAUGAGCAGUAAUGACACCGCAUACAGGAAAACAGGGAUCCAGGCAAUGAACAGUCAUUGGACAGAUAAUGAAUAUUAUAGUGACAAAGAUCAUUGGAACAUCCUUGAAGAACAGCCCAAAAUAUUUAUCUCCAGCAAAGCAAAAGGUGAACAAGGGUCACCACAUUCCUCAAAUAUUGCAGGGAUCCAGGCACUGAGCAGUCAUUGGACAGAUAAUGAAUAUAGUGAUGAAGAUCAUUGGAAUAUCCUUGAAGAACAGCCCAAAAUAUUUAUCUCCAGCAAAGCAAAAGGUGAAGAAGGGUCACCACAUUCCUCAAAUAUUGCAGGUGAGUCGGUAAUGACAUCUACAACAGUAAAUUCAUCUGUGCCUAUAAGUUCUUCAUCUGUUGGACACUCGUCAAUAUCUGUAGGAUCAUCUUCUCUAAUAAAUAAAUCAGCUACAAUCAGUGCACAGAAAACAGAUUUUUCCCUCAAUGCUAAUGUUUCGGACAGCAUCCCCAUAUAUUCUAAAUUAGAUAUACCCAAUAACGUGUCUGCUUCAGUACCAUCCAUGGUCCAGCAAAGCACUUCUACAACAGAUAAUGUAAAAACUCCAGUUCCAGCCAGCAGCCAGCAGAAUAACUCUGGAGCAAAUACAUUUCCAAAUGUGUCUUCUACAUCUUCAUCCAACCCACAGCAAAACACUUUUGCUAAUGCAGAUUUCAUUAAAAAUGUGUCCACUGCAGCUCCACCUGUAAGCCAGCCAAUCACUUCUACAAAUAAUGCAACCAAUGCAUCAAGCAGUCUAACAAGCAACCAACAAAUAACUUUUUCUAAACUAUAUGAAACAUUGAAUAAGCCAGCAGCCAGCAUUCAACCAUCACAAAGAACACCAUCCGCUGCAUUAACAACUAGAUCUCCAGUGCAUGGGACUUUGAGCUAUAGAACAGCUGCAGCCAGGGGUUAUAGAAAGGUAUCAUAUGGUGUCACAGAAUUGGAUUUAUAUACAGAUGUCAGAAGUUCUGUAUCCAGUCCUGUGGAUAGUACUACUACGUUAUCUAAAGUAAACCAAAAUUAUAUUUUCAACAAGAAAUCUGAUCUUGCUAAAAUAGAUGAUGUUAAGGAGAUCUGUGUUUUCAAUGUCUGGGACUACUGCAAGCUUGGGAUUAAUUGUGGGGAAAUGCACUAUCACCUUCCAUAUCGCUGGCAAUACCUUGACGGUACAGAAUGGAAAGACUUGUCACACAUGGAGGAAACUGAGAAAGCAUAUAGUGAUCCCAGCAUGGACAGAGGACACUUGGUUGAUUUUCGGACAAUGAAAAGUGGUACAAGUGAAGCUCGGCGACUUUCUACAGCAUCAUCAGUCACAAAACCCUCUCAGUAUUCUCUUACCACAGAGUGGCUUUGGUAUUGGAAGGAUGAAACCGGGUCAUGGAUCCAGUACGGGGACAUGAACAUAAAACAGCAAUCAGCUUCCAUAUCGUCAGAUGACCUGGAGACUGUAUACCUUGCUAAUCCAAAGGAUGUAUGUCCAUUCCAAGCUGGGUCACAGUCAUACGAGAUCAACUUUAAAGAAAUGGUGCAGAGGAACCUUGUAUACAAGACUCAGAGAGAGGUACGCAGGAGACCACAGUAUCGCUCUUUGGAUGACGUGCGCCAGCUUAGACGAAGUUCCAACGCAACCACGGCUAUUUCUUCUAAAGAAACCGGAGUCUACCCCUCACACUGGGACUCCAGUGCACUGCCUGAUAUAGGAUAUAAGUUGGUUAAUGUAUCGCCUACAUCCACUGAGUACAUGGAUAUCCGCAAAAUGUUUCUCAAGACUAUGCCCCAUCAAGCGGUGAUGAAAAUUAGGAGAAUACAGAAUCCGUCUCUUUGGAAGUUCUUCCAAUUGCAAAAGGAACAAAUGAAGAAAGUUAACAAGGGGAAAAAUGUUGAUGAGCGGCAGCUGUUUCAUGGAACAAAUAAUUCUCACAUUCAAACCAUCUGCAAUGAGAACUUUGACUGGCGAAUCUGUGGAACUAAUGGAACCAUGUAUGGCAAAGGAAGUUACUUUGCAAGAGAUGCCUCCUACUCCCAUAAUUACUCAAACCCUGACAUCGGCGGCAAGAGAUCCAUGUUUGUCACUCGUGUUCUCGUGGGAGACUUUGUGAGGGGGGAUCCCACAAUGAAGCGUCCACCUUACAAAUCUAACAGCACUAACCAGAGUUACGACAGCUGCGUAGAUACGACUUAUAAUCCUUCCAUCUUUGUUGUAUUUGAAAAACACCAGAUUUAUCCAGAAUACCUCAUGGAGUAUGCACAGUGUCAAUGGUAUGAAGAAACUAAAGUAGACAAAACAGGGUGCUGCAUUAGCUGAUUGAAGCACAGUAAAAGCUAUAGAAAAAAAAAAAGAUUACGUGUUGAUGCAUUUAACGGGACAUUACAUGAAUGUUUCAACUUUAAUAUAUCACUUUAUGCUUUCAAAAAACUAGCCAAUCGGAGCCCAAUGCACCUGAGCCAUUAUUGUAAAAGGUUACAUUAAGCAAUUUGUAAUUACUAUAUAUUUCUGUUGUUUUUAAUGGUUGUCAAUGACACACUUCAUAAUCAUAUUAGCAGGUUUUUUUCUCAGUAUAAAUUGAAAAACGGCUCAUGUGUUUUUUAGAAGGACACUACGCACCUUGUAACUACAAGACAUUGUUUUGUCUAGCCAUAGACCAGAAGAGUCUAAACAUUUUUUAAAUAAAUUAACUUUGUUUUUCCUGUUAUUGUUUUUCAAUAGGUAAACUCUACCUACCACUUGCUCAAUGAAUUUUGAACAAUAUCUGGCGUUUACAUCACAUACGCACCUUUCUAGCUCUGCCCUAAAUCAUCUGACACCUCAUAGGCACCUCUCCCUCCAGCUCUGCCUUGAAUCACCUGACACCUUACAGGCACCUCUCUAGCUCUGCCCCAAGUCACCUAACACCACAUAUACAUCUCUAGCUCUGCCUCAAACAUCCUAACACCACAUAUACAUCUCUAGCUCUGCCCCAAACAUCCUAACACCACAUAUACAUCUCUAGCUCUGCCCCAAGUCACCUAACACCACAUAUGCACCUUUCUAGCUCUGCCCCAAAUCACGUGACACCACAUAUACAUCUCUAGCUCUGCCCCAAACAUCCUAACACCACAUAUACAUCUCUAGCUCUGCCCCAAACAUCCUAACACCACAUAUACAUCUCUAGCUCUGCCCCAAGUCACCUAACACCACAUAUGCACCUUUCUAGCUCUGCCCCAAAUCACGUGACACCACAUAUACAUCUCUAGCUCUGCCCCAAACAUCCUAACACCACAUAUACAUCUCUAGCUCUGCCACAAACAUCCUAACACCACAUAUACAUCUCUAGCUCUGCCCCAAGUCACCUAACACCACAUAUACAUCUCUAGCUCUGCCUCAAAUAUCCUAACACCACAUAUACAUCUCUAGCUCUGCCCCAAAUAUCCUAACACCACAUAUACAUCUCUAGCUCUGCCCCAAACAUCCUAACACCACAUAUACAUCUCUAGCUCUGCCCCAAACAUCCUAACACCACAUAUACAUCUCUAGCUCUGCCCCAAAUAUCCUAACACCACAUAUACAUCUCUAGCUCUGCCCCAAACAUCCUAACACCACAUAUACAUCUCUAGCUCUGCCCCAAACAUCCUAACACCACAUAUACAUCUCUAGCUCUGCCCCAAAUAUCCUAACACCACAUAUACAUCUCUAGCUCUGCCCCAAACAUCCUAACACCACAUAUACAUCUCUAGCUCUGCCCCAAAUAUCCUAACACCACAUAUACAUCUCUAGCUCUGCCCCAAACAUCCUAACACCACAUAUACAUCUCUAGCUCUGCCCCAAAUAUCCUAACACCACAUAUACAUCUCUAGCUCUGUCCCAAACAUCCUAACACCACAUAUACAUCUCUAGCUCUGCCCCAAACAUCCUAACACCACAUAUACAUCUCUAGCUCUGCCCCAAAUAUCCUAACACCACAUAUACAUCUCUAGCUCUGCCCCAAGUCACCUAACACCACAUAUACAUCUCUAGCUCUGCCCCAAACAUCCUAACACCACAUAUGCACCUCUCUAGCUCUGCCCCAAACAUCCUAACACCACAUAUACAUCUCUAGCUCUGCCCCAAGUCACCUAACACCACAUAUACAUCUCUAGCUCUGCCCCAAACAUCCUAACACCACAUAUACAUCUAUGGCUCUGCCCCAAGUCACCUAACACCACAUAUACAUCUCUAGCUCUGCCCCAAACAUCCUAACACCACAUAUACAUCUCUAGCUCUGCCCCAAAUAUCCUAACACCACAUAUACAUCUCUAGCUCUGCCCCAAGUCACCUAACACCACAUAUACAUCUCUAGCUCUGCCCCAAACAUCCUAACACCACAUAUACAUCUCUAGCUCUGCCCCAAACAUCCUAACACCACAUAUACAUCUCUAGCUUUGCCCCAAACAUCCUAACACCACAUAUACAUCUCUAGCUUUGCCCCAAGUCACCUAACACCACAUAUACAUCUCUAGCUUUGCCCCAAACAUCCUAACACCACAUAUACAUCUCUAGCUUUGCCCCAAGUCACCUAACACCACAUAUACAUCUCUAGCUCUGCCCCAAACAUCCUAACACCACAUAUACAUCUCUAGCUCUGCCCCAAAUCACGUGACACCACAUAUACACAUCUCUAGCUUUGCCCCAAGUCACCUAACACCACAUAUGCACCUCUCUAGCUCUGCCCUGAAUCACCUGAAACCUUAUAUGCACCCUCCAGCUCUGCCCACCUGACACCUCAUAUGCACCUCUCUAGUACUGCCCAAAAUCACUUAUGCACCUCUUUAAGUCUGCCUUGAAUAAUCUGACACCAUAUAUGCACCUCUAUAGCUCUGUCCUAAAUCACCUGACAUCUCAUAUGCACCUCUUUAGCUCUGCCUCAAAUCACCUGACACCACAUAUGCACCUCUCUAGCUCUGCCCUGAGUCACCAGACACCACAUAUGCACCUCUCUAGCUCUGCCCUGAGUCACAUGACACCACAUAUGCACCUCUCUAGCUCUGCCCUGAAUCACCUGAAACCUUAUAUGCACCUAUCCAGCUCUGCCCACCUGACACCUCAUAUGCACCUCUCUAGUGCUGCCCCAAAUCACCUGACACCUCAUAUGCACCUCUCUGCCUCAAAUCACCUAACACCUCAUAUGCACCUCUCUAGCUCUGCUCCAAAUCACGUGACACUACAUAUGCACCUCUAGCUCUGCCCCAUAUCACCUGGUUUCAUAUAUUUACUUCUUUUACUCUUCCCCUAACUCCAAUUAUGCUCCUCCCAUGGCCUCUUGUUUUAUUGUCUAUAUAUUUGUCUUAUUUAUUGUCUUUAAUGGUUGCCAAUGACACACCUCAUAAUCUUAUAAAAAUCUACCCCUCUCAGGUAAGCAUCUAUUCAUCUAGGCCAUUAUCUAGCUGCUAGCCCCUUUAUCAGUGAAAGUAGAACAUUAAAAAACCUUUCUAAUAUAUUUAAGGGACUACAUUUUGUGACAGUUAAAAAAUGUAUAAUGUUGUGAAUGAAAACAAAUACCUUUUAGUCUACUUUAGAUAGUUUUCUUUCUGUAACUCUUUCUGAGAAGCUAGACCGAAUUCUAACCCCUGAGAAAAUAAAAAUGUAUACAUUAUAUUCAAUACUUGUUAAGUCAUAAAAUCAAUUAGAAGGAAUCCAUCUCAUAACUUUGUAUUUAAAUCUGAUACUUACUGUAAUUUUCAAUCUGUUACUGAUAAAUAAAGAUUUUUGGGGUAA